AUGACCAGCGGAUUUCCGACCAAGGAUAAGAUUGUGGUGAUUACUGGCGGCGGGUCAGGUAUUGGCUGCGCCUAUGUCCAGAAAGCUCGGUCUCAGGGCGCUCGCGCAGUGAUCAUUGCGGACCUGCGCCUGACAGCCGACGCCCGCAAGAUCGUUGAUUCGGAUGACAAGGUCAUCUUCCAAGAGACUGACGUGACUAAAUGGGCCGACCUGCAGAGACUUAUCGACACGUCGGUCUCUACGCUGGGAGACAUACCGGAUAUCUUUGUGGCCUGCGCCGGCGUUUUUGAACCGGUCAGAUGUAUGAAGCCCUAUUCCAAUUUCUGGGACGAUCCGGAACCGUUGGAAGCGAACGGGUACGCCCAAGUCGACAUCAAUGUGAACCAUCCGAUCAAACUCACGCGUCUGGCAAUGCGAGCUGUUCUAGGCAAGAAGAAGCCAGCUGUCGUUGCCAUCGUCGGUUCCAUCGCCGGAUACAGCAAGCAGUACGUGGCUCCCAUCUACAGUGCCACAAAGCACGCCGUGGUCGGCUUUACACGCAGCAUGGGGGACGCCGAGAAGUUACAAGGCCUCAAGGUAGUUUGCGUGUGUCCCGGCAUCACAAUGACCCCGAUCUGGACGACUGGCGCCCCGGGCUCGGGUGAGCGCUUUGGGGUAACGUCGCAGAUCGCCACGACGGCUGACGCGGUAGCCAAUGCAAUCAAUGAGGCUGUUGAAUCGGCAAAGUAUCCAGGUGGAAGUAUUGUAGAAAUAUCGAACUUAGGAAUCAGGAGCAUUCCGGAGUGGCACAUUGAUCCGCCAGGCAUGGUGGAUGGCAAGAUGGCCGAAGGAACGGACGUCCCGCCCGAUAUGGUCCAGAAAGCUCUGGGUCCGAUCCUGGUGGUGACUGCGAAGGAGCGAGGUGAUUGA